AUGGCUGGUCGCAUCCUCCUAACUCUCGUUGCAUUGACGACGUCGAUCGGUGGAUAUCUCGCCGACUGGAAUGAAACUCAUGUUUUCAACCCUCGAUGGCCCCCUCACGCGAAAUUUCACAAUGGACAAACUAUGUCUAUGGGCAUGAUUCUCGGUCUCACGACUCUGUACUUCCUGUAUCGACCAAAACCUCAGUCUCUGUUUGCAUCACCUCCUGCCGUUCAACAGACAUUUGAAAGAGACUCCCUCGCUACAGGGGCAUGGCUAGCAAGCCUUUAUUGGAUUACUCAAUUGAGUGCCCUAUUUUAUCCCGGUUCAAAGGCCAUGGAUCCCGAAUUCGGUGACGGGAAACCUCAAGUCUAUAUUUGUGGAAUACUACUCACUAUGGUGGUGAUCGGAACCUGGUUGGAGAUGGGGAAAUUGAACAGGAACGCAGAAUCGAAAAGGGAGUGA